CUGAGGUCACCCGCCAAAGUUGGAAUAUUAAUGUUGGGGCAAUUGCCCUGCUGAGCUACAGCACCUCCUUCAAACAGUUUAAGAUAGUUCUGCUGCAUGAGUGCCUGCUCCUGGUCAAAGUUUUGCUGUGCAAGUGAUUGCUCCUGUUGGACCUCAAAUUGCUGCUGUUCAGCAUACGGGUACUGCUGCUGUUCAGAUAGCGGGAACUGCUGCUGUUCAGAUAAUGGGAACUGCUGCUGUUCCACCUGCUGUAUUUGGAACUCCUCCCACAUUCAGCCAGGAAGUAUCAGAUGUGAAGCACAAUAGUGUUAAAUUACAUACCAAGUCAAGUUCUAUAUACGCAUAACUAAGAAGGAAUGUGCACUGUUUAUGCUUGUGUAAUUGGAGCAGAGUUUCAGCCAAACUUU